AUGCAGGCUUCCGAUUGAGAAAAGGCCGUUGUCUGAUGUUUACAACCAACGCGAAGUGCUAAAGGAGUUACACCAUGGCAGCCUCUAUAGCACAGACGACAGUGAGAGUUGUUAGUAGACGGCAUAUUUUGCCAACAAGAGCCGCUUUAACACUGACACCUUCAGCUGUGAAUAAAGUCAAGCAUCUUUUACAGGAUAAGCCAGAAUAUAUUGGCCUCAAGGUUGGUGUUCGAACCAGAGGAUGCAAUGGCCUUACCUAUUUUCUUGACUACACUAAAGAGAAAGACAAGUCAGAUGAAGAGGUGUUGCAAGAUGGUGUGAGGGUUUUCAUUGAGAAGAAAGCACAGCUGACAUUGCUGGGCACAGAGAUGGAUUUUGUUGAAACUAAGCUUUUCACAGAAUUUAUAUUCAACAAUCCUAACAUUAAAGGAACUUGUGGUUGUGGUGAAAGCUUUAGCAUAUGAACAAACCGCAGCUUCAGCUGGACACUAGCAGAGCAAAGUCAUAAAAUUAGAGACAUUUAAAAUUGUUUGUAAAGCACAGAGAUGAAGAGAAAGAUAAUGGAACCGUACUGCUCCAGCCACAUCAGCAUAUACAGAUAUCCUGAAUCUAAAACAAGGAAUAUUGGUUUACUUGCACUCUGUAAAGGAGUAGUUCUCCCAAAAUAAAGGUUCUUGUUGACAUUUUUUUAAA